GCACAGCGAUGGACGCGCAUCUGUGGGCUCAGCUGCAGGCGGGCAGCUCGGAGGUGGACUGGUGUGAAGGGAAUUAUCUCAUCUAUCCCGGAAUCGCGGAGUUCUAUAACACCAUAAGCAACGUGCUGUUCUUCGUCUUGCCUCCGAUCCUCAUGUGUCUGUUUCGUCAGUACGCCACGCACUUCAACAGCGGCAUCUAUCUGAUAUGGACUCUGCUGGUGGUUGUCGGUAUCGGCUCUACUUAUUUCCAUGCGACGCUGAGCUUCCUGGGGCAGAUGCUGGAUGAGCUGGCUAUACUGUGGGUGCUCAUGUGUGCCAUCGGCAUGUGGUUUCCCAAGAGAUAUCUGCCCAAGAUAUUCCGCAGAGACAGAUCGAGGUUUCAAAUGGUCAUCGGCGUCCUGUCAGGGAUCACCACCUGUCUGGCCUUCAUCAAGCCAGCGAUAAACUCAAUCUCUCUCAUGGCGCUGGGCAUCCCGUGCACCGCUCUUCUCAUCACAGAGCUAAAGAGGUCAGAGCUCCUGUACAAACACACACACACAGAUCAGUCCUCUAGUGCUUUCCAUGUUAUCGCAUUACAUAUUUAUUCCUGUGCGUGUUCGAUUUAAAUCACAGUGACAGCUUCCUCUAUACAGAUGCCUCGCUUUAUAUGUUGAUGUCCCUGUAAUCUAAAUGUGAUGUUGUGUAUAGGAAAGCAUGUGUUUUCCAACUUCAAGGUAGAUAAAACUAUCUGUUUAUAUCAUGUUUUGUGCGGCUUGAU